AUGUCGAGUCCGCCAUUUACAAGCAUCCCAGAUCGCGCAACAUGUCAAGCAUCCAUCAAAGUGGGACUGUCGUCUAUCAAAGGUGCUGGGAGAGGAGUCUUUGCUCUAGAAGACAUCCCGGCUGGCGGCCCAAUAUUCAGCAUCCAGGAGCCACUUCUCAAUAUUGUCGAUGACGAUGUUCAGUCGCUCUCACAUACUUGCGAUAAUUGCUUUGCUGCCCAAGUCGAUGAGUUAUGGACCGUGGAUAAUACAAGUAUCGAGUUCAAGCCUUCUUGGUCUCAUCACCACCGAUAUGAAUGCAAAACAUAUCAAGAAAUCAUCAAUAAUGCCGAUCCAGCAGCGAUUUCAAUGCUCACUAAGCUCCACUUACGCUCAAUCAUACGAAUCUUGGAGUUACACAAACAUCACCAAAUAUCAGAGGAGCAAUGGGCCGAGUUCCUAUUCCUGAGUACUGGAAGGAGAUCAAAGAUGAAGAAGCCAGAUUUUGUGUCUUUGGCAAAUGCUGUUGCCAAGAUAGCAAAAUCAUUCACGAUGACCGAGCUGAGUCUGAACAAGAUCAUUGAUUUGCUUUGUAUAUUUCAUAACAAUCAACUGGUCAUCGGUUUACCUCUGCUUCGUGGAGAGCGGAGCUACGACCCCAAGAAAUACUCCGUCAUAUCAGGUGGCAUCAUCUUGGACCCUCUCGCAGCCAUGAUGAAUCAUUCCUGCUCGGCGAAUACACGAUGGUACUCAAACGGCAAAGAGUUGAGGAUCAGAGCAAGGAUGGACAUCAAGAUUGGCGAUGAAUUAACCAUAUGCUACGACCCUACGGAAGACUACACGCUUCGACGAAGUCACUUGAAAGACUACGGCAUCAACUGCGAUUGCCCCAUAUGUCACUUUGGCGAUACUGGCCCCACCGGUCCUUUCCGAAGAAAGAUGCUGCAUCUGGCACAUUCUAAUCUAAAACGAAAAACACUCGACAUGGAGGACCUCGAGAUUGCCAUAGAAGACAUGAGGCAACAUCAGAUGGGCUAUGGAAUUUAUCCGAUGCGCGAUAUACAUCAACAAGCUUACCUGGCAUACUUCAGUAAAGGCAAAACCUCUGAGUGCCUGAAACUGGCUCUGAAGAUAUAUUACCAGGUCGAGCCUGUGAUCAAGCCACCCAUCUACGAAGAUUAUCGACUAUGCACUUUGUACACUAUCAUAUCUCUCUUGAAUCCACCUCCGCCAGGUACCACAAACCUCGAUGAACUUCCGCUAGUUGUCUUGAUGCUCAUACCAAAUAUCUUUCUGUACCUACGAGACAAGCUUGCUCGUGAUACCGAGAAAUGUUAUGGCGCAGACUCCAUAGUAGCUAAGUUUGAGAGAAACUUCUUUGUGCAGGCUUCAGAUCCCUUAAAAGAGGAUAUGAGUGGCAGUCUGAAGUACAGUCCUCUAGAUAAAAGUGUUGAAGGAAGGAAAGAGCUUGUCAAGAGCAUGAAUGAGCUGUUGGAAUGGGCUGGCAUGGAUUCAUUGAAUGAGAAAGACUUGACUUGAUAUUUGCUGGCCUUUUUAGCAGAAAUCCCACGUCCUUGCUAAGUUCCGCCAACGCCGUAUCUAAA